UGUAAACACAUUCAUAAUGGAACAUGGUGCAAAACUUUUGAUAUUUACAUUAUCUGGAUCAUGUCAGCUUACAUAUGCUGGGAAAACCCAUGGCUUUAUACGUUCUCUCUAGCAUAAAUCGGCUUGCACACAUCACACAGGGGUGCCGUGGUAACAAGUAGAUUGGGGAACACAUGCAACAACAACAACAUCACUUAACAGCGGAAUAUGACAGUUUCCAUCCAGGUAAUGGUUUGGUGUGAAGGAGGUUGAUCUAGUGAGAUAUGCUGCGCAUAUGUGAGAGGAGACUAUUACUAUGUUAUCUGACGUGUAUGUUUAUCAUUGUAUUUUGGAUGCUAUCUAGCUGUGUGUUUUAGAUUGAAAGGCCUAGCCAGGCGAGACUUUUUUCAUUCAUAUGAUAGGAGCCAGGUUUAUGAGUAACGGAAGCUGGACGAUCUGACGUGGAAAUAUACCUAUAAAGAAUAUUUGUGUUAUAAUAAUCUUACAAUAGGGCUUACCAGGACUGAGGACUAGCCACAACACAAUCAGGAAGAGACAGAUCAUGUAACACAGCUGAAGAAAUCUCUCACAAUGUGGAAGAAACAUGACUGUUCAUUCAAAUCAUCAAAGAUCAGGACAAUCUAUAUUAAUGGCCCUGGUCAAAGUGGUAAAGCAGAGGAAUGGUCAAGGCUAAAGAGUAUGGCAGCAGAGUUAAAACAGCAAGAGCUUGAAUUGUCACAGAUGAAAUCAGACUUAGAAAAUGAGAAGAACGCUCUUCAACAAGCAGUGGUUAAGUUGAGACAGAAGUAUGGAGUGGAUGCUGUCAGUGAUUUCAGUCUGAACAAGAAUUUGCCAACAAUAUAUGCCAUAACACCUACAUAUGCCAGAUGUGAGCAGAAAGCUGAACUCACAAGAUUGAGUCAAACAUUCCUCCACAUUCCAAACUUUCACUGGAUAGUCAUUGAGGAUUCUGAGACAAAGACAAAACUGGUGACAAAUUUCUUGAAAAAGUCUGGUCUCAGUUUUACACACUUGAACAUUCUUACACCACCUGAUUAUAAAAUGACGGAGAAUGAUCCAAACUGGCUGAAACCACGAGGAGUUUUACAGAGAAAUUUGGGUCUCAGUUGGAUACGGGAAAAUCUUGGGAGACAAGAUGUGAAAGGGGUGGUAUACUUCGCUGAUGAUGAUAACACAUACGACCUUCAGAUAUUUGAAGAGAUGAGAUACACAAAGAAGGUGUCUGUAUGGCCAGUUGGCUUGGUGGGAAAGCUGCGCUACGAAAGGCCCAUUGUACAGGAUGGAAAGGUAGUGGAAUGGUUUACAUACUUCAAACCACAACGUCCAUUUGCUAUGGACAUGGCUGGAUUUGCUGUGAACCUACAAACCAUUUUAGAUAAUCCAAAAGCUGAGUUUAGUCUGCGGGUGAAGAGAGGCUAUCAGGAAUCAGAACUGCUGCGCCAUAUUGUCACCAUGGAAGAGUUAGAGCCCUUGGCUGAUCAGUGUACAAAGAUUCUUGUGUGGCAUACGAGGACAGAAAAAUCUAAACUAUCUAAUGAAGCCAAGUUAAAACGGUCAGGAAGGGAGUCGGAUCCUAAUAUUGAAGUAUAGCGCAAUUUUAUAGGGAAAUGAAGGGUUACCCUGCAUGGGAUAGUGCUGUACUAGAUCUGUAAAUGUAUGUGUGAAAGGCAUGGUAAUUUAGGAACUUCAGCCUGGAUGACUCCAGGUUGAGAUACAGGCUCAGUUCCAACCUUGGGCAGAGAAAUGUGGAUUGUGCCACUCUCAUAGUUCAUAGUGGAUUUGUGAAAAUUAACUGUCGUCAGAAUUCCAGUGGAUGUCAUCAGAUGGAGGCAGUUUUAAAGGUUUAACACUGCUGUAGUGGUGUUUGUUGUGUAACUUGAUACUGCUGUACCUUGUUUCACACAAAGUCAAAUCCUGAAAAUCAUUGUGCGGCAUUCAUAGCACUUGACGAGGAAAGAAACAAGGAUUCAGCAGAAUCGAGUUUACAUACACAGCAAGCAUGAAGACGAAGUCUAAAGUCUGUUCUACCCCCAAAAUUAAGAAAAAGUGUAAAAAAUGGCAUAUUUUGUGCUACUGUUCUCUCCACCCUUCCGCAGAGGUCAUGAGUUUUAGGCCAAUUAAGGUCCAGCAAAGUUGUUGACCUAAAGCUGCAUAUGAAUGGAAUGGUGUUUGAUUGUUGCAUGCCACAUGUGUAAGAAUGUAUUAAGCUUUGUAAUAACAAAAGUGAUAUCUGUAAAUGAUGUGAAGUACAUGUAGUACUUUUUUGACUACAUAUGAAUCUGUAAACAAGUUCAAAUCUAUCUAUUUGCACUAAUGGGGUUAGCACACCAGCGUGGCGCAGUGAACCAUCAGCCUCUCCUCAGUGCGGUUGCUGUGAGUUCUAGUCAAACUCAUGCUGGCUUCCUCUCUGGCGGUGUGUGGGAAGGUCUGGCGGCAACCUGUGGAUGGUUGUGGGUUUCCCCCAGGCUCUGCCUGGUUUCCUCCCGCCAUGUUGCUGGCAGGUGUGAAAUAUUUUUGAGUACAGCGUAAAACACGAAUCAAAUAAAUAAAUAAAUUUGUGCUCAGUAAUGAACAGCAGGACGGAGUAUUAUUCGGGGAGGUAAACAUACCAGCCUCUAUGUUGCGUGACACACCUGAUGUUGUUUGAAAGCUCCUCUCUAUUUAAUAUGUAUAUUUGCUCACGGCCCCAAACUUACAAAUAAAUAAAAAUUUAAUAAAUUUAAAUUCUUGUAGCAGACAAACAGUGUGUGGAAAAAAAAAAGAGAGUUCAUUUAUUUGAAUUAGCUAGACUUGAGAUGUGAAAUUUCUGUAAGACUUGGUCUUACAGUCUAAGCCUUGGUGAGCAUAUUUCAUCUUCAGUGUGAAGGAUAAUGUUAAAGAACAACAUUUUUAAAAAUAUGGUGCUAUGGAACCUUAUUUUAAUGUGCAAUAUGUGAAUAUUUCAGUUCCGUACUUGUUUCUCAUCUUUUUACAUAUAUAUUUCUUCCAACGUAUUUCACACCUGUAUUUUCCUAUCGACCAUGCACAUACGUAAUGCGUGACGGUUUCAGACCUAAAUUAUUCACUUGCCAGUGCAUGCAGUCUGAUACUUGUGUAAUUUGUAUUGUUAUAUAUGCCAUAUGUGAUUAUGUUGUUUCUCAUUGGUCAGAUUUGCAUUUGAAUGUAACUACAGCAAUGUAGAAGCCGCCACAGCAUAGUCGCAGAAAAGCAAUAUACUCAGGUAUAAUAAACA